GGCUUCGACCAACCUCUCUUUCUCUCUCUCUCCUACACCAACCCGCAGGCCAUAGCUGUCUCCGUCACUCCACAGCAGCUACUCGCGACCAUCCACCUUCAUCUUGCCGGCGCGAGCUUCUCCGACCUCCACCGUCCGCUCAACCACUCGCUCCGUCCCACUCAUCCUUGGCGGCGUCCGACUGCCACCGCAGUUGUUAGGAGAAAAGGUAACUUGUCGGUGAUGAUCUCUUAAAUUCUCUGCGAAAUCACUCUAGUCCUUUCCUCUGGCUCUCUUUAGUUCUCUGCUUUUGAUGUCGUUUAUUGAUCAAUUUCAGCUUCUCACUCGGAAUAUUGUCGAUUGCUUUCUGGGUUUUAGACAUUUCUCUUUCCUUCGCUAGAACAGAUAACCGCUUCCGUGGUUUGCAGUUUUUCUCCAGUCGUUGUCUGUAGGAAGCUGAACGUUAUCAGCUUGUUCUUUUGUGCUUGACGACUCAUGGAUAUUGAGUUAGUUGUUUUUAUCCAAGUCCGAUGCUUUUUGCAGUCAAACGGUUCAGUUUUAUUGGUAAAGCCUGUGGCUAUUCUUUUCUUGCCUCGAGUUAUAGCACAAACUGACAAACAUGAUGCAUCGUCUCUUUUAGACGCAUAUAUUUGCUCCUCUUGAUCAAGUUAAUUUCAUUCUGUAGUUUAUUGGGCUUCCUAUUUUGUUGAGUAGCUAGCGAUGGUGCUGUUUAAAGAACCUUUCUCUUUGGAACUGAAUGCAUUAGUGGAACAAUUAAAGCUCAUUUGAAGUUCUGGGCACUUGGAAUUAGGUUUCAGCUCUUGAACCUAGAUCUCGAAUACUGGCCUGAACUCGGACAACAUUCCAGGCCAUCUGUCUUUGAGUUAAGAGGGCUUGUAACUCGAGUAAAGUUCUCAGCUGGGUGAAUGAAAACAUCUCAACUUGACAAAAUUGCAUCCAUUCUCCUCCCUUCAUAAUCAACUCUUAUUUUACAUGGAAAUCUCUCCUUGUUCUGUCUUCCUAUUUUCUGACAUUGUGUUUGGUAAGAAAUGGAGUAGCUUUUUUUUUUUUUUUUGAAGAAAUGGAGUAGCUAGUAGACCUUACUUUUGUUUUCCCUUAUUUUCUUCCUGUAAACUACUAUUAUGCCCUCUAUUCUUGAUGGGAAAAGAGAUGCAACAAACAGCUUUUGUUUCCCUGAGUAACUUGUUUAUGUGAUUUUUACUGCAGGAAGUCCAUUGUGGUCCGAGGGUGUCUGCUUGAGAGACCAUUGGAUGUUUAUCACCACAAUGGUGGAUCUUGCGUGUCUCGUGUAUAGCUCGUAAGCGAUAGAAAGAAAAAGAGGAACACCCGUUGAGAAAGAUAUUUCUCCAAUGGAUAUAAAAGGAACUUAUGAUGUUGAGCAUAUGAGUUUGAAAUCUGGAAUGGAGCACGAGUCAUGGCCUCUUGAUGAGAUUGAUCCAAAGAAAGCAAAAUUUCCAUGUUGUCUAGUUUGGACUCCAUUCCCUGUCGUCUCAUGGUUGGCACCUUUUAUGGGACAUGUCGGCAUUUGCAGGGAGGAUGGAGCUAUUCUAGACUUCUCAGGUUCUAAUUUUGUGAGUGUUGACAAUUUUGCAUAUGGUGCUGCUGCCAGAUACCUGCAACUAGAUAGAGACCAGUGUUGCUUCCCACGGAACCGUGCUGGCCACACAUGCAGGCAUGGCUUUAUGCACACAGAGCACGGGACUGCAAUUACAUGGGACGACGCCUUACGUGCAAGCAUGUCCACCUACGAGACCAAGACGUACAACAUCUUCACAUGCAAUUGCCUUUCCUUCGUUGCAAACUGCUUGAACAGGGCAUGCUAUGCUGGAUCGAUGGACUGGAACAUGCUACGCGUGGCUGCCCUCAUUCUGUUCAAGGGCCACUGGAUCGACUGGAAAUCGGUCGUCAGAUCAUUCCUUCCGUUCGUGCUCGUGCUCUUCCUGGGUGUGUUGCUGGUGGGGUGGCCUUUUCUACUGGGUCUGCUCUCGUUUUUUCUCCUGCUCAUUGGGUGGUAUGUGAUUUGUACAUAUUGUGUAAAGAAUGUUUUGGAGUGCUAGAGGAUGUUGUCGUUGUAAGUGGCUGCAAAGUUCAUAUUGGAUUAAGAUCUGUUUGGCUGAUCUU